AUGUCUUCAGUCCUUACUCCGAUUCUCCGGCCACGCCCGUUCAAACCGCCAUCUCCCUUCUUGAAGAUGACCCGCUCCCUCCACCAUCAAUCCCCCUACUUUCGCAUAGAAGAGCUCACCGUUCCAACCCAACAUUCCCGCGAACGCCCCGCCACACUCGACCGCGCCUCCGGUUCUCGUGACGAUGAGGUGCGGAUGCACGUCAAACGCUACAUCCCCAACUCUAAUAAGCCCUCUGGGAAACUCGAAACGGGGUUCGGAGACGUCACGAUCAUCGGUGCCCAGGCCAAUGGCUUCCCAAAGGAGUGCUAUGAGCCUUUCUGGGAAGAUUUGUGCGAGCAGUUGAGGGAGAGAGGUAAGGGCGUACGAGGCAUCUGGGUGGCGGAUAUGGUUGGGCAGGGGAGGAGUGGUGUAUUGAAAGAAGCUCUUCUGGGGCCGGAUCAGAGUUGGUGGGAUCAUGGACGCGAUUUGCUGUUUCUGAUUAAUCAGUUCCAGAGGGAGUUGCCGCAUCCGAUUGUUGGGGUGGGACAUAGUGUCGGGGCUUCGCAUUUGUGGACAAGGGCUAAGGAUGUGACCAGAGCACAUCUAUCACUCCUGCACCCAAGACUGCUUCACAGCCUCGUCUUUAUCGAUCCGAUCAUGCAGCCGGACGUCAAGAUCCAUACAGCACUAGCCAGACUCUCAACAAACCGCCGAGACAUCUGGCCAUCUCGCAAAGCAGCAGCUGAGGCUUUCCGCGGCAGCAAGUUCUACCAGAAAUGGGACCCUCGUGUGCUCGAGAAGUGGAUCGAGUUCGGUCUGCGGGACUUGCCAACGGAGCAGUACCCGUUGCCUCCAGGAGCACACAAGGAUGAGCCGCCAGUUACUUUGACCACGACGGUAGCGCAGGAGGUGUACUUUUACUUGAGAGCUUACUACCGGGAUCGGCGGUUGUUGCAGGAUGACGAGGAGUUGCCAGAGAACUUGGAUCCGCCGUUCGAUAUGCCGGAGGGCAGACAGCUGUACGAACGACUUCCCGAGAUCAAACCCAGCGUACAGUUCGUCUUUGGCAGCAAGUCUGAGGCUUCUCCACCGGAGUCUAGGCAGGAUAAGAUGCAAAAGACAGGCGUCGGCUUUGGUGGCAGUGGCGGCGCGCAGAAGGGACGGGUGAAGGAAGCGGUGCUGGACUGCGGGCAUCUGGUGGGCAUGGAGAAGCCGAAGGAGUGUGCGGAGGUGACUGCUGGGUUCCUGAAAGAGGAGUUGGAGCGGUGGGAGGCGAGGGAGAAGAGGAGGGAUGAGGCGGUGGCUGGUUUGAGUAGGAAGGAGAGGGUGGGCAUCAAUGCGUUGUGGAGGGAGAAGCUUGGUGUGGAGGAGCCAGGGAAGGGGAAGAAGAAGGAGACGAAGCUGUGA